AUGGCUUCCUCGUCCAGUGUCGCUUCAUCGUCGAGUCUCGUUGCUGAUGGCAGUGAGCUCACUGCUUCCGGUGCUACCACGCCCACAAUCCAUUACGACGGUGUCCUACCGCUGUCCCUGGCGCGUAUGCCCGACCAUACCAAAACGACCGUCCUUCGCCAUGGGAGCACUGGAUCUGGGAGGAGCUCUGUCACCGAGAUUCCGACCCCCUCUAUGCUCUCCCCAAGUUCUGAGCGGGGAGGGCUUAUCCGCUCGGAGCUUGGGCUCGCUCCUGCUGGGUUGGAAAGGGUGCCUAUCCGUAUUGCUGUUGGAUACUUCACGUUUUUUGCUUGUGGAUGGAGUGACGGUGCAACGGUCUUGCCAUAUUUCAUGGAGGAAUUCAAUAUCACGUUCAUGACGAGCUCUCUGCUAUACGCAGCCGCUACCGUUGGGUUCAUCUUUGGCACGUUCAUUAUAGAGCUUCUUAUCCGACAACUAGGCCAGACGAAUUCAACAAAAAGCACAUCCUCUUGGAUUCCUCAUCACAUAAAACGACUCGCAUCAAGGCGCGCGCAUGCAGUGGCCCCGUCUCGACAUUCCCCCUCGCAGGCCCGUCAUUUGUCCCUGAUCUACGCUAGCGUCGUUUUUGCCCUGUACUUUGUUGUCAUGGGAUUGCGAACUGGUUACCCCGCGUUACUUUCUGCCUAUUGCAUCUGUGCCAUCGCUAGGGCGAUCAUGUCUGGUUCACUAAAUCCCUAUUUUGGCUCUGUCGCACCGAUGCACAUAGGCUUUUCUCAUUCUCUGUGGAGCUUUGGUACCGUCGCCGCCCCUCUCGUCUGUCAGACCAUUAUCUCCAAAGGAGUUCCCUGGCCACACUUCUACUUUGGAUCAUUGGUCUUGGCCGGGAUGAACACCCUCCUUUUGGCCGUCGCGUUCGCCCCAACACACCUCGAAUUCAAUAGCGAGCGCCGCCAAUUGACCGACGAUACCAGCUGUUCAACCCCGUCAAGUGAAAAGGAAGGCAAAGCUGACGCUUUCUAUCCAGUACCGAAGCCAGCUCAACCCGCGAAUCUUCUUAAGCGUGUAUUGUCCCAUCCAUUCCAAUGGGCUAUCUCCAUGUUUGUUGGGUUCACCUUCGGAACGGAAACGACAUCUCAGGGUUUCAUUGUGACCUACCUUUUGGGUCAUAGGAAUGCGAACCCAAAGACAGCAGGUUAUGUUUCUGUUGGAUUCUACGCUGGGCUGAUGGUUGGACGCUUUGCCUGGGGCUCCUUUUCCCAAAUUGCUACCUUCAAACAACGGAAGAUUGCGAUCUAUGGGUGCCUCCUGAUCGCCUUGACAAUGCAUCUAUUGAUUCGGUUCAUCCCUUCCGUGGUCGCGAACGCAGUGUCCGUGUCCAUGGUGGGAUUAGCCUUUGGCCCCCUGUUCCCUUCUGCAAUGAACAUGCUGAGCGACAUCCUUCCCGCCGAACAGCAUCUGGUCGGAAUGGCACUCCUAUCUGCUGGAAGUUCAUUUGGAAACGCUAUUUUGUCUUUCUGUGCUGGCGUCAUGCUUAACGCAAAAGGGAUACACAUGCUUCCAUAUUGGAACAUCGCGGGGACUGCUGCCAUGAUCGUCUUCUGGAUUUACCUGCCGUCCUCCCCACCAAGGCAAGGCUCUCGAUGGUUGUCAAAAGGGCAAUAA